AUGGAAUCAAGUAAUAGUGGUAGCUCAACGACUAAUACUACUAUUAGUAGUACAACUACAACUACCACUAAUAUCAAUACAACAACAACUGCUAAUAUUAAUAGCAAUAGUAAUGUUUUGUCAGAUGAAGAGAUAUUAUGCUCGUUGGCGGAAAAAGGUGAAAACCUCAUACAAUUCUUGUUGAUUACAGUACAUUCGAUAACGAAACAUCUACACUCAUUGCAAUGGGAUCCUAUUUUCUUACAUUCAAUUAUAUCAUCUACACCAUCGAUGAUCAGUGGUGGCGGUGCUGCUGGUAAUGCUGCUAAUGGAUCAUUGAGUGGCAGUGGUGGUGGUAUGAUCAAUGGUAAUGGUGGUCUCGAUAGCAGUAGUGGUGGUCUUCAAGGUGUAGACGAUCAACAACUAGUAAUGAACAUGGAUACAUCGAUAUUCCACAAAGACAACGAGAAGAUGAAACUUCUGAACACACAAUGUUUAGAAUAUAUAGAGAAACUACAAAACAUCAUUGUAGAGAUUGUAAAUAUUGAAUCGAAAUUAGAACAAACCACAACAUCAUCAUCAUCAACUACAAAAACAUCAGAUAAUGAUAAUGUAGAAGAAUCUACAGCAACAACCACUACAAAUACUCAAGAUGAAGAAAUGAAAGAUAUAUCAUCAACCUCUUCAUCAUCAACAGCAUCUUCAAAACAAAAGUUAGAAGAAUUGAAACUUAUUGCAUAUAAAAAGAAUUGUAUAAUUAAAAAAUUGAUAGAUAACAUGAGACUUUUACAACUUAGUAUAAAUACAUUGAAUAGGACAUCUUUAGAUCAAUAA